UGUAAACAAAAGCGUUCUCUUGUCUUGUGGUUGAGUGAUGCAGAAGUGAUAUCUUUAUACAUUCAUUAAAUAUGUGUUCAAUGGAUAUGAAAUCUUAUUAGAUUAGUAUAAUUAAUUAUGAUGUUUUAUUUUAUAUAUAUUUAAGAUAAGGAUCUAGCUCAAAUAGUUGUAAAAUAGUUUUUUGAAGUAAAGAAAAUUUUAAAAUGACGACAACGAACGAAAGAAAUAUUCUAGCGAAGUUGGAGGCUAUCAAAGAAAUCAAGUGUAAAACAUUGCAGCUUGAAAAGCUGAAAGGAAAGAUUGUUCAAGAAGUGGAAGCCUCUGAGCAAGAGGAAAAAUGUCUUUCAGAAUACAAACAAGAGAUGGAACUUCUAAUGCAGGAAAAAAUGGCUCAUGUAGAAGAACUCAGGCAGAUCCAUGCUGACAUAAAUGCGAUGGAGAAUGUCAUAAAGAAAGCUGAAGAAGCUCGAGGCCGGUGCAUUGAUCGAGCAAGACGAGUGCAUGAGGACUACAGGCCCUUAAAACUAGACAUAGAUCGGAUGAGGCGAGACUACCUUGGUCUUGAGAGAUUACCUGAACUUCAUGAAGAAGAAGCUGGAUUAAUUACACCUGAGAUGUUUGCACGGAGUUAUUUUGAGAAGCAUUUCAAGACAGACUGGCGGCCAGAGAACGCUACAAUCACCAGUUUCGCGCACGCCCACCAGGCUGCAGCAGCUUCUGCAUUCCUGGCGCCCGUGCAGCCUCCACUGCAGUUACUGCCUAGCUCUAGCAAGAUAGAUCACCACCGACCCAUGCCACCCGUGCCUGGCCCUGCACCUACAUUCAGGCAACAACCGCCGCCCAUGAAGUCGUGUUUGUCUUGCCAUCAGCAGAUUCACCGCAACGCUCCCAUCUGUCCUUUGUGUAAGGCAAAGUCUCGAAGCAGGAACCCGAAGAAACCCAAGAAGAAGGAUUAGGAACCAUUGAACCAUUUCAGUUUUAGGUAAAACAUAUGGGAUUGGAAUAUACUGAGUGUGACAUGUAGCCGGUUAAUCUAUCAUUGAGCUUUCUUAAUGUUUCCAUUUGUGUCAUGUUUCUGAUGAGAAAGUUGUUUGUAUAAAGGUAGUCCCACUUUCUUUCCCUGCUUCUUACAAAGUUUUUUGAUCAUAGUAAAAUCAUUAACUUAUCACACUAUUGGGAUUCAAAGUCAAUAAUAUUGAUGCCUGAGGAUGUUUUAGAAAUAUACCUACUCUUAUUUAUUUUUGACAUUUGUAUUCUUAAUAGCUGAGUAGUGGGAUUAAUUUUGCAGGUUUUUAUACAGAAACCAUAAAGAGCGUAUCCUAACAUUAAUUAUUUUACAAAAUAUACUAUAAUUAUUUAUUUGUUGGCCUUUUUGCCUUGAAUUUAUUAUAUUUCUCUUAUCUUUUGUCUACAAUGUGUAUUUUAUUUUUAUUACUUUCUUUUUUGUUAAAUUGUAUCUUUACAUACAAUUUUUGUUCCUCAUACAUUAUUUUAAAACUCCCUGUGAAACAAAUCAUUUGUUUUCCUUUAUUGUAUUAUAAAAUAAUCAUUAAUGAUUUAAAAUCUUUUUAGUUCCUGGCAAAUUAGAUUUGCCAAACCUUAAUACUCAUGUCCCUUCUAUGAAGGUCAUCAAUGUCUAUUUUAAAUUUGACUUAACAGUGGACUCUCUAUCAUCCUUGAUAAUAAAGACGCACAUAAGAACUUCAACUCAUUGGUUGUAAUCAGUGACUCAUCGAUGUUAGGUGAAGUAAACAAUGACAAUUCUUUAGUCUACCUGCGAAAUUAUAGGCCUCCUCAAACUAUCUUGGCCGUAACUGGACAACAUACAUUUAAAUUGCAUAAAAUUUUCUUUUUGAUUUUGUUGUUAUCAUUGUUAAUCCGCAUCAUGGUUAAUCCACUUGAGGAUAAUGGGGAGUCUACUGUGCUUACAUGUUUUACAUUAGUUAGUAGUUUUAGCAUUAGCAUUUUAUUACUGUACUGUACUGCAUAAAAUUGUGAUUUUGUUCUGGCAGUAAUCUUUUUGAAUGUCCUAAUUUUAUGAAUUUAUUUACUCUAAUAAUAGUUUUUAAGUUGAUUGUAUUGGAAUUUAUAAAGAAUCUGUAAAGUAAAGUGAUUGUAUUUGGGAUAACGAUUAGAAGUUGUUUCAUACUGUUCAUCAUCUUCAUAAUGUAUCUCUUGUAUUUGGAUUUCAAAACAUGUUUGUGGUUAGAUAAAUAGUAGGUCUAGUUCUUUUAUGCUGUCCAUCUUCAUAAUUUAACUGGUGUUUAAAAACAAUAACAAAAUUUGUUGCGAUUCUUCCUCAAUCUUAUAAUAACGAAACAAAUAAUUUACCUUCUACGUACCUAGUGAUUUUAAGUAACAUAUUACAUAAUAUGUAUUUGGAAUUUGAAUCAUUAAUAUUGAAGUAGUGUGAAAACUCUGGGAAAGUAAAUCUGUAUUAGUUUUAUAACACUAGAGAAUCCUGACAAUUUAUUAAAUUUGGCUGAAAUGAAGAUA